AUGCAUCUGGGUAAUAAAGCAGAAAAUAUCCAAGAACCUUUCGAAAUUCGAGAUUUAAAAAAAAAUUUUAGCUUAAAAAUUUUUCCUGGACAUAACACUGACUCACGCAAGAGUGUCUGGAUCGUUGGAGGCCGUGUUCCAGUCAGAUCAUUUAUUUUACGCUGCGUUAUCUGCACGAGACACCGUGGAGAACUCGCUCAACAGUUGAUGGGUCAACUACCCGCCGCACGAGUACAGCCAACUCGAGCCUUCUUGCAUACAGGACUCGACUACGCUGGACCUAUCACGCUGAAAACGUUUCAAGGACGUGAAGCAAAAACAUACAAAGGCUGGAUUGCAGUCUUUGUAUGCAUGUUCAGUUCAGCUGUACAUUCAGAGCUAGUAACUGACUACACCGCUGCCGCUUUCAUCGCCGCUUAUCGCCGCUUCACUAGUCGCCGAGGUAUCUGCCACACGCUAUAUUCAGACUGUGGAACCAAUUUUGUAGGAGCAGAUAAAGAGCUGAAACGACUAUUCGCUGCAGGAUCUCGCACAUUACGAGAAUUAUCAACCUUGAUCGCUCAAGAUGGCACGAACUGGAAAUUUAAUCCGCCUGGAGCUCCACAUUUUGGAGGAAAAUGGGAAGUCGCUGUGAAAUCUAUCAAAUUUCACCUUCGAAGAACAAUCGGAGACUCGCUGUUGACGCAUGAACAAUAUUCAACGCUACUGGCUCAAAUUGAAGCCAUAUUGAAUUCCAGACCGCUCACACCACUAAAUGAAGAUCCUGCUGACCUAGCUGUACUGACGCCAGGUCACCUCUUAAUCGGAAAGUCACUCACCGCUAUCCCAGAGCCAUCGCUGACAGAUUUACAACCUGCUCGGCUCUCGCACUGGGAACAAGUCCAGCAAACGAUCAAGGUGGGUUCAGUUGUACUGAUCACCACUGAGGAUCUCCCGCCAACCAAGUGGCAAUUAGCCAAAGUAAUUGCUGUCCAUCCAGGUGAAGAUGGACAAAUCCGCGUGGUAACUGUUAAGACAGUUAACAGAGAGCUGGUACGUCCAAUUACAAAGCUCUGUGUCCUACCGCUAACGCAUGAAGAAGAUGAUCUUGUCGACGCAGCCGCCAACCCGGGGGAGAAUGUUCGGUGA